UUAAUGUGACUUUAUCUUAUAAGAAUACAACAAAGCAGAACAAUGAAGGACUCUUUUGAAAAUCCCACAGAAAAACACCUCUCUGAUGCUGAAUCUGCAGCCAAGGGAUAUGACAAUCCUUCUUUCCAACAUGAAGAAAAUCUUGAACAAAGUGACCAGUUAAAGCCCAAGAAAAAAAAGAAAGAAAAUGAGAAGCCAGAAAAACAGAUGGUUGGCAUUUUUGAAUUGUUUCGUUAUGCUGAUUGGGUGGAUGUCCUUUUGAUGGUAGUUGGUUUGGUCUCAGCUGCUGCAAAUGGUACUGGAUUGCCGCUUAUGAUCAUUGUGUUUGGAGAGAUGACAAACAGCUUUGUGCUAAGCGGCCUGAAAUCAAACAUGUCAGAAGAUGCUUCAGUAAAUAGUUCCAGCUGUCCAUCAAUUCCAGGCGUAGAUAUAGAAGGUGAAAUGACAAAGUUUGCUUACUAUUAUGUGGGAAUUGGCUGUGCUGUGUUGAUCCUGAGCACCAUUCAAGUAUGGACAUUUCUGAUUGCUGCUACAAGGCAGACGUCAAGGAUCCGGCAGAAGUUCUUUUUUGCAGUGCUUCAUCAAGAGAUGGCUUGGUUUGAUACUACCCAGAUAGGAAUGCUGAACACCAGACUGACAGAUGACAUCAACACCAUCCAUGAAGGCAUCGGAGACAAGAUCUGUAUAUUUGUACAGUUUUUUGCCACAUUUCUGGCAGGGAUUAUUAUAGGAUUCAUCUACGGGUGGAAGCUGACACUGGUGAUUUUGUCAGUCAGCCCUCUGCUUGCUGCAUCAGCAGCAGUUUGGUCAACUCUCCUGGCGUCCCUUACUGCUAAAGAGCUGUCUGCUUACGCCAAAGCAGGAGCUGUGGCAGAAGAAAUUUUGACAGCAAUAAGGACUGUUGUGGCUUUCAAUGGACAGCAGAAGGCAUUAGCAAAAUAUGAUGCUAACUUAGAAAUAGCUAAAAGUGUUGGAGUGAAAAAAUCCAUUACCACCAACACAUCUCUAGGUGUUUCAGAAUUUCUUAUCUUUGGAACCUAUGCACUUGCAUUUUGGUAUGGAACCAAGCUCACUGCUGAGGAAGAAAGUUAUGACAUUGGCCGUGUGUUAAUUGUGUUCUUCUCUGUGUUCGUUGGAACCUUCUCCCUGGGCCAGGCAGCUCCCAACUUGGAGAGUGUGGCUAAUGCACGUGGGGCUGCUUAUGAAGUAUAUCGGAUUAUCAAGAAGAAGCGGCUCAUAGAUAGCAGUUCUAAUGAAGGCUACAAACCAGACAAACUCAUAGGAGAAAUUGAAUUCAGAAACAUCCAUUUCAGUUACCCAUCCAGACCUGAUGUUAAAAUCCUCAAAGGUCUAAACUUGAAAGUUCAAACCGGGAAGACCAUUGCUUUAGUUGGUGCCAGUGGCUGUGGAAAAAGCACUACUGUUCAGUUGCUGCAGAGAUUCUAUGAUCCUGUCCAGGGAGAAAUUACUUUAGAUGGUUGGGAUAUUCGAACACUUAAUGUAAAGUGGCUACGAGAAAAUAUUGGUAUUGUGAGCCAGGAGCCUGUUUUGUUUGCAACAACAAUAGCUGAGAACAUUCGCUACGGCCGAGAAGAUAUUUCUGAUGCUGAAAUUGAGCAAGCAGCCAAGGAAGCCAAUGCUUUUGACUUUAUAUCUAGACUGCCUGAUAAAUUUAACACCAUGGUAGGGGAAAGAGGGGCUCAGCUGAGUGGAGGACAGAAGCAGCGAAUUGCUAUUGCCCGUGCCCUGGCAAGAAAUCCCAAGAUUCUUCUUCUGGAUGAAGCUACGUCCGCGCUAGAUACUCAGAGUGAAUCCAUAGUGCAAGCAGCUCUCGAUAAGGCUCGGACUGGACGUACCACCAUUGUGAUUGCUCACAGACUGUCUACCAUCAGAACUGCUGACACUAUUGCUGGAUUUGAAAAAGGCAUUGUGGUUGAACAAGGGACACACAGUGAACUCAUGUUGCAGAAGGGAGUCUACUAUUCUCUUGUAAUGCAGCAGGGUUAUAGCAAUAAUGUUCAAGAUGAUGGGACAUCAGAAGGAAGUGAAGAUACAGGAGCUGAGGAAUAUGAGGAAAAUGACAAGAAUGAUUUUGUGGAGAAACUGACUCUUCAAAAUCAUUUUGAAGAAUCGGUGAUCUCUGGGAAAGGCAGCAUUCGAAGAAGAUCCAGUAGAUAUAAGAGCAAAAGGUGCUCUUCUAAGAAAAAGUUCUCUGGAAAAAAGAAAAAAAAAGAGCUGGAGAAAGAAAAUCUCCCUGAUGUGCCUUACUCAAGAAUCCUGGCUCUGAACAAACCUGAGUGGCUGUAUAUACUGCUGGGAGUGAUUGCUGCUGCCGUCUCAGGUGGGGUCCAUCCUGCAUUCGCUGUUUUAUUUGGAAAAAUCAUUGGGGCUUUUCAAGAAACAGAUACAGAAAAGAGGAAUAAAAACACUUUGGUGCUUUCUUUAAUGUUUCUUUUACUUGGAGUGAUUACCUUAACAACAUACAUAAUCCGAGGAUUCAUGUUUGGGAAGUCUGGGGAGAUACUAACAAUGAGACUGCGCUCUUUGUCCUUCAGAGCAUUACUUCAGCAGGAGGUUGGAUGGUACGACGAUCAGAAAAAUGCUGUUGGUGUUCUGCUGACUCGGCUUGCUACAGAUGCUUCCCAAGUUAAAGGGGCAACUGGAAGCCGACUGGGACUGAUGACUAUGACUGUCUUUACCCUUCUGACUGCCAUCGUUAUUGCUUUUGUGUACGGCUGGCAGUUAACUUUGCUUAUCCUGGCCUGCAUUCCUUUCGUUAUUGCUACAAAUGCUGCGAGAGUUAGCUCUGUGUCUGGUCAUGCCGCAAAAGAUCAAAAAGCCCUGGAAGAGGCUGGAAGAAUUUCAACAGAAUCCGUUGAAAACAUAAGAACUGUAGCUUCACUGACAAGGGAAGAAGCAUUUUAUGAAAGAUAUGUUACUAAUUUGAGUGGUCCAUAUAGAGAUUCUCUGUCAAAAGCCCCUUUCUAUGGAUUUACCUAUGGAGUAGCUCAAUGUGCAAACUACUUUGUUAACGCAGCAGUCUUCAGAUUCGGGGCGUGGCUCAUUGCCCAUUGUCUGAGCAACUUUGAAAAUGUAUUUAUAGUCUUCUCUUCCGUCAUAUUUGCAGCUAUAAAUGUUGGUCAGUCUGCUUCCCUGGCACCAGAUUAUGGCAAAGCUAGAAUGUCAGCCCAAAGAAUCUUUCAACUUCUGGACAGAAAACCUCUAAUUGACAGUUACAGUGAAGAAGGUGAAAAAUUGAGCAAUUUUGAAGGUAAUGUUGAAUUCAGAAACAUCCAUUUCGUAUAUCCAACAAGGCCAGAAGUUCAAGUUUUGCAAGGACUCAACCUGAAGGUUAACAAAGGACAGACUCUGGCAUUAGUAGGAAGCAGUGGCUGUGGCAAAAGCACAUCCAUUCAGCUCUUGGAGAGAUUCUAUGACCCUGUGGAAGGACAAGUGUUAGCAGAUGGAUUUGAUACCAGGUCUUUGAAUUUACAAUGGCUGAGGUCCAGACUGGGCCUGGUGUCACAGGAGCCCAUUUUGUUUGACUGCAGCAUUGCUGAAAAUAUUCAAUAUGGAGACAACAGUAAGGUGGUUAGUCAGGAGGAAAUUGAAGCAGCAGCUAAAGCAGCAAAUAUUCAUGCCUUCAUUGAAAAUCUGCCAGAGAAAUAUAAUACCCGGGUGGGUGAGAAAGGAACACAACUUUCUGGAGGUCAAAAACAAAGAAUAGCCAUUGCCCGUGCUCUGCUUCGUAAUCCUGCCAUUCUGCUUCUGGAUGAAGCUACCUCUGCUCUUGACACAGAAAGUGAAAAGAUUGUCCAAAAAGCUCUGGAUAACGCCCGACAAGGUCGAACCUGCAUCAUCAUUGCUCACCGCCUGACGACUGUACAGACUGCAGACAUCAUUGCAGUGAUCCAUAAUGGCAGAGUGGUUGAACAGGGCACCCACAGCCAGUUACUGGCAAAGGAAGGACACUACUAUGCCCUUGUAAAUGCACAAGUCUCUAAUUAAUACUGUUUGCAGAUUUUUAUUUUUUUUUUCCGGAAAGACAUGAAAAACAUACAGAGAAUUAACAUUGGCUGUGUCUGUCCUGAUGAAGCAGGGACCAUGUGUUGCAGUCUGGUUGCUGUACCCAGUGUAGCCCUUGUCCCACAUACCCAUGGGGCAAAGAAGGUGCAUGGGAAAGUCUCAGGGGCUGAAUCUCCUGGGCAGUUGUGAGGAUCGUGUGAUUUGGACAGAGCCAGAGCUAGAGUAGUCACAUCUACACCAUGGUAUAGGUGGGACACCCUGCUCUCUCUGUCCCCCCAAAUCCUGGCCCAUGCCAGGUACCACAGACUAAGGCAGUACCAGAGUGAUUAAGCAUCAUGGGUAAGCAGUGAGCUGGUACUUCUGAUUGCUCCUUGGGUUUCUUCACCAGCCAGAUGCAAAAAGUCUUAUUAAUUAAAGAUGACUGUCAAUUCUUACUGACUGCUGAGAUUCCAAAUAAAGGCAUUUAUAUUAAAUAGAGAGAGAAGGAUUGGAUAUGUGGGUCUGUUGAAUUUUUUCCCCACUUUAUGCCACAUUUCUAAUAUUGCUGUGCUUCACACAUUUCUUGGAUAUUCAAUAUUCUAUUUCAGACAAUAAUUGUAGUAGUUACAUGAUUUCUAUACAGAGAUAAACUGACGUAAGCUAUCAUUGCUUUGUUUAGUAUUUUUAAAUUUCUGACCUAACAGAGUUUAAUCAGUCUUUGCAUCCAUCAGGGUAAUCUUGAAAGUCUUGCAGGGAAGCUAGGAUGGCUUCUUUUGGAGUGGACUCAUGUCAGCCAUGUAAAUAGCUUUUCCAAAAAAAAAAAAAAAAAAAAAAAAAAAAAAAGUGGUUUUCAAUAUGAGAUUCUUCAUUUUGAGUAGAUGUGGUGCUUAGGGACGUGGUUUAGUGGUGGACUAGGCAGUGUUAGGUUAACAGUUGGACUUGAUGAUCUUAAGGGUCUUUUCCAACCUAAAUGAUUCUGUGAAUAAUUUUAAAGAUUGUUUGAAGUGUUGGCAAAACUUAUUUACACAUGUGCUUAAAUAAUUGGUUAUUCCUCUGAUAUAUUCCUCAGAGUGCUGCAAUUCAUCCUUCAACAGUUGAAGAAUAUGUACUCUCUAGUCCGAGUGUCUCAGCAGCUGGUUUUUUUUGGCUGGUUAAACUCAAUUGCAGCAUUUUAAUUUUCCAAGGCUUUGCACGUGGCUUUGGGUUAGGAUUUAUGGCCUGGAGCAACCUGCAGUACUUUAUAAUUUCCAGAUAACUCUGUUCAAUUGUAGCAGAAAAACUUACAGUAAUGACUAUCUCCUUUGCUCAUUUCAAUUGUUUUCCGGCAUUAGGAUCCACAAGGGGAAUAAAACACACAAAAGAAAACAAAUUCUGGUCUCAGCUUUGCCAAAAUAAACAUAUUCGCUCUCCCUCACACAGUUUUUCUCAGGAUUUAUCAGGCACCCCUCUUGUGUGACCUCUUCACUUUCUCAUGAUAGGCAGAUACUACAGGAGCUGCUGCCCUUAUUACAUUCCAAAUUAUCUAAUGUGGGCUCCAGUUAAUUCCCUCUUCCCUGUUUUGUUUCCGUACUGGUGUUAAAAUUGCAAGCAGUAG